AACGCGCUUGAAUUCAACAGUAACGAUAAAAAUACAAAAUGGGUGGAGACGACAAAAAACAUUCCAGUGGCUCUAAAGAACAUAAAAAAGAUCAUAAAGAUCAUCAUAAAGAUGGUUCCAAAGAACACAAAAAAGAACAUAAAAAGGGAUCAGGUUCAGGGAAACGCUCUAGUUCAUCAUCAUCAUCGUAAGCAGCAAGAUUAUAAUUCAUUUCAAACUGAUUUCAUGAAAGAGCUCGGAUUCAGACCACAAAAAGAAGUAAAAUGGUGUUCGGUUGAUGGAAAUUCAACAGGACUACGCCUAAAAAUUUCUUUAUUGUUAUCUUUUCCUGCUACUUUUUUAGAAAUAAGUAAUAUUUUAAAAUAA